UUUUGAUCGUUGAAAAUGGACCUACGCGUAGCAAGCAUCCUCCUCCUUGUGGUGGCCUUGACAGCUGCCCAUGGCGAGAGAUACGUAGUGAAGAAGGUUGUGAAGGCCGCCCCUCAGUACCAGCCCUACUCUGUGAAGAGCCACGUUGUAUCAGUGGCAGGUGAGCCUGGUGCCCCAGGUGAGCCUGGCCCUGAGGGGCCUCCUGGCCCUCCUGGCCCCCCAGGUGAGAGUGCUGAGGGUCUGCCAGGACCACAGGGACCUUCCGGACCUGCUGGACCUCCUGGCCGCUCCAUUGCUGGAAAGCCUGGAUCCCCAGGUGGACCUGGCAAACCUGGCUUCCCUGGCACCCCUGGAGACAAGGGAGACGCUGGAGCUUCUGGCCCCCAGGGACCUAGAGGAAUGCCCGGACCUCCUGGAAGCCCCGGACCUGCUGGCCUCUCCGCCACCGGCAAGCCUGGACCUUCAGGUCUUCCCGGAGCGAUGGGACCCAGGGGUGAGCCUGGUCUGAAGGGACAUCCAGGUGUACCUGGCCUGCAAGGGCCAAGGGGUGAUAGAGGGGUAGGAAUUCCCGGACCUCAGGGUGAGGCAGGAGCUGAAGGACCUAUGGGCCCAGUUGGAGCCCCAGGUGAGCCAGGAGUUGGGAAGCCAGGAAAGCCAGGUGCCUCCGGUGAGUCAGGAAAGCCAGGUAGCCCAGGGAGGGAUGGUGCCACUGGUCCCACGGGACCACAGGGACCCAAGGGACACACCGGUGCCCCCGGUGUGGGUAUGCCAGGUAAACCAGGUGAGAAUGGAGCCCCAGGUCUACCCGGCUCUGUUGGUCCUAAAGGUAACCAGGGACCUGCUGGAGCCACUGGUGCUCCUGGAAUCCCCGGAUAUGGCAAGCCAGGUGCAAAUGGACAGAAAGGAGAUAGGGGCGCUACAGGUAGCACAGGUGCCACAGGUGUAAAAGGUGAGCAGGGUGCAACAGGACACACUGGUGCUACUGGUGCAACUGGACCCACAGGUCCUGCUGGUCCUCAGGGUGCAAGAGGUUUCCCAGGUGAGACUGGACUAGCUGGCUCUAAAGGUGACGCAGGUGCAACUGGACCUCAGGGUCCUAAGGGAUACAAGGGAGAUCAGGGAGCACAGGGUUUCCAGGGAAAACAGGGUUAUCCCGGCACAGCUGGCCCCACUGGCCCCAGGGGAGCCACUGGUUCUCAAGGUAACAAAGGUGACACAGGUGCCCCAGGUACACCUGGUGCCCCAGGUAUUCCCGGCCCUGCUGGACCCAAAGGUCUUCCCGGCCGUUUAGGUGAGACAGGUUCUGCUGGUGCUGAUGGUGCCCCUGGUCCUAGAGGACCUGCUGGACCUUCCGGCCCUGCUGGCGCUCCCGGCCUGAAGGGACACCCAGGUCUUCCUGGUGCACCCGGCCCUGCUGGUUUCGCUGCUAAGGGUAUCCCUGGCCCUCAGGGUCCCCCCGGUGCUACUGGUGAGCCAGGUGUUGAUGGAGCUGAAGGCGCAGCUGGUCCCCCUGGCCCUCCUGGUCCCCCUGGUGAGGUCGUUUUUGCUAAGGGCAUGGGUGUUGGUGAGGUCAUGGUCAAGUCUCCCAUGUCUGCUUUCACUGCCUCUCUGGCCACUCCCUACCCCGCUGCUGGCACCCCCAUUAAGUUUGAUCAGAUCGUGUACAAUGCUGAGAAUCACUAUGACCCUGAGUCCGGCAUUUUCACAUGCCAGGUGCCUGGAGUCUACUACUUCUCCUACAGCAUCCAUGUCAAUGGAGCUCAUGCUCUGGUGGCUCUAUACAAGAAUGGCCAGCCUGUCAUGUUCAGCUAUGAUGAGUACAACAAGGGCUUCCUGGACCAGAUGUCUGGUAGCGCUGUCCUCUUGCUUGAUGAGCAGGACACCGUCUACGUCCAGAUCCCUGACGAUGAGGCCAACGGUGUCUUUGCCGCCGAGAAUGUCCACUGCUCUUUCUCUGGGUUCCUGAUUGCCUCAACGUGAUACGGCAUCGGUUCCCGAAAGCCACACAACUGAAUUUGCAAUCUAUUUCUCAAACUAAAGUUAAAAACUCCCUGUUCAUUUUUCCUCAGCUAAAACAUAGACAGGUAGUUUAUACUCUUCUUUGGGGAAUAGUAGCAUCUCGACUUGAAAGAUUACAAGAAAUGGGUGCUUAGAAGAAGGAUAUCUAAUUUAUGAAAAAAAACAGGUUAUCAGGGACGGGGAAAGCAAUCUGCAAAGUUACCAAAAAGCUUUUGUAAUGGAGACAGCAUGUGAAAUUGAGGUGUCUUAACUGUGUUGUGUCCUGAAUUCUUUUCCACUCUCUUCCUUUUUUACUGAUUUCAA